CGCGAUUUUGCGUGCAGUCGCGACGCUCGAGCCGCACCUGAGAAGCGCUGUCACGCGGGGUACAUGGCUACUCUAAUCUGUUAACAUGGCGCCGGAUUGUUUACAUGUGUGAGGCUAACUUUUCGCCGCAGUUAUCGAGUCUUCUAAGGAAACUGGGGAAUGCUUUGAGGAAUUAUGAGGAAACAGCUAAAUGCCUUGGAUUAUUAUGAGGAGCGAGUCACUGUGGUGUUUUUCCCAACUGAAGUGCACAGACGAGGAGCUAAUUAAACAGGCAGAGAGGCGACAUUACCGCCCUGAAAGACAACAACCCUUCGAGGUGAUUUUACGGCGCUUAGCAACCUCGUUUUCCUGGAGACUUUAAUUUCACCUGCCCAGACUUUAUCGGAGUAAAGAUGGCGGCCGACUGGACAACCACUCAGCUUUCCAUAAGAUAGGCAGCGCAGACGUGGGCAGAGUGUGGGGGUAUAGGAAGAGGAGAGAGCAGGAGGGUAGGUAGUAGUGUGUGUGAGGCUGUCAGACAGCAUGGUCUGGGUCUGAGGACAACACUGGAAGACGCAGCAGCAACAGCCUCCACAUCUCCAUGUAGACCAGUGUGGUGACAUCCACAGAUCACCUGGACCCAUCAGCACCCACCCAGGACAACACCCACCUCUUCCAAAGAAACAAGAAGAGGAGGCGGAGGAGGACGAGGGGGGUGGGUCUGUUUAUCUUCUUUUUUUUUUUCUUUUCUCAGUUUUUUUGUUUUGGGAGUAGGCUCCGGGCUGGACCGCAUGCAUGACACAACGCAAAGGCGAGAAACCCACCAUCAGCAUCCAGGAGCACAUGGCCAUUGACGUGUGCCCUGGCCCCAUCCAGCCCAUCAAGCAGAUCUCUGACUACUUCCCCCGCUACCCACGGGGCCUCCCCCCUGCUGCGCCCCACCAAGUGGGCCACGCCGGGUCCCUGCGCUCUGCCCUCUCCACCUCCUCGGCCGCCGCCACCGCUGAAAGUGACCGCCCCAAUGAGGACAACCCAGACCGGGCUUGUGCCGGAGCCUCCGCCUCCUUACAGGCCGCCAAGAGGGACGAGGAGCCUGAUGUGGAGGGAUACGACUCAGAUGACUCCACUACAUUGGGGACCUUGGAAUUCAGUUUGCUGUAUGACCAGGAGAACAAUGCACUGCACUGCACCAUUAACAAAGCCAAGGGGCUCAAGCCAAUGGACCACAAUGGGCUGUCAGACCCCUAUGUCAAGUUGCACCUACUGCCCGGCGCCAGCAAGGCCAAUAAACUUAGAACCAAGACCCUGCACAACACACUCAACCCUGUCUGGAGCGAGACCCUGACCUACUACGGCAUCACUGAUGAGGAUAUGGUCCGCAAAACACUCAGGAUUUCAGUGUGUGAUGAGGACAAAUUCCGCCACAACGAGUUCAUCGGGGAAACGAGAAUCCCCCUCAAGAAGCUGAAGCCCAACCAAAUCAAAAACUUCAACAACUGCCUGGAGAAACAGUUACCUGUCAACAAGACAGAAGACAAGUCCCUGGAGGAACGAGGACGCAUCAUGAUUUCUCUCAAGUACAACACCCAGAAGUCUUGCCUGGUCGUGGGCAUCAUCCGCUGUGCCCACCUCGCCGCCAUGGACGCCAACGGCUUCUCCGACCCCUACGUCAAAACGUACCUGAAGCCCGACGAGAACAAAAAGUCAAAGCACAAGACUGCUGUGAAAAAGAAGACGCUCAAUCCCGAGUUCAACGAGGAGUUCUGUUAUGACAUUAAAUAUGCAGACCUCACCAAGAAGACCUUGGAGGUGACCGUGUGGGACUACGACAUCGGAAAGUCCAACGAUUUCAUAGGUGGUGUAUCUCUGGGUAUCAAUGCAAACGGAGAGAGGCUCAAACACUGGUUUGACUGCCUCAAAAACAAGGACAAGAAAAUUGAGCGCUGGCACACGUUGACCAAUGAAUUACCUGGUUCAUUAAAUGACUGAAGACCCACAUCCUGUCGUCAGAACAUGUUGGCCCCCGCCUGACUCUCCUGCCUUCGUUUUCCUAACUCCUCCACCCAACUCUUCUUCUCUGGAUUUUUCCUCAUGUUGGCCACAGUGACCUGUGACACCUCUCUUUGGGAAUAUAUUUCCUCUCAACAGGGCUCAACUAAAAGUAUCCAUAACCUUACAACAACACUCUCACAUAUACAAUAGGAUUUCCGCUGCUCAUUUAUUUUACUUCAGUUCAAUCAACCAAAUCAAUCAAAGGGGUUAUAGUGUUGAACUUAUUUCUUGUAUGAUAAGUGAAGAUAAAAGGAGCAAAUGAUUCAAUUAGAUCUUUUACAGCAGCUGAAUAAUUUACAGCACAAACUGUCAUCUUGAAGUAAAACAGAACUGUAAGAGACAGAUAAGAUAAGAUAGACUUUAUUUAUCCCACUUGUGGGAAAUUCACAUGUUACAGCAGCAAGAACAAAGACAAAACUGGCGAAAUAGAAAAAUAAAAAGAUAAAAGAUAAAAAAUAUAAUAUAAAAGAGGGUAAAAAUUUAAAGUGCAACAAGCAUCGUAAGAACAGGGGGAAAAGAGUGGAGGAUGUGGCAAAAUUUCAUACUGUUGGAGUCUGCAAAAACGUUUAGUGGAAUAGAUCUCCUUAUCUUGACACUGAUAUUUAAUGUUGUAGUGGAGCAGCUGAAUAAUCAGCCACAUAUUUGAAUGUUGCACUUUAAUGUGGGGAGUGCAGGUCCUGCUGUUGUUCACGCCUCAUGUAGGCGGCUCACACACAACAGGCCAACAGCAACAAGUUUUUUUAGAAAUCUGGAGAGUAUAUUUAAUUUCAGUCAUUUGGCCCAGAUGAGAACAACAUCAUAGGAACACAGAACCUCCUUAAAAUACUGCUCACAUUAAGGCCUCAGAAUGCUUCAAACAAAUGAGUCCAAACAGCUUCGUCUGUCCAAAACGUCUGAAUGUCUGAAUGUUAUGUUCAAGCGCAGGACAUCAAGGAAAAUGUCCAGACCAAAUCAAACAUUAACCGUAGCGACAUCAGAUCAGAAAAUGGUCUAUAACGAUUUCCAAGGGCACGGACAAAAUGUGUUGCACUGGCGAUGGGGGUAUCAGAUUUUAUCAAACAGAAUGUACAGAUGCUUCCACUGUGUCUAUUUUGCCAUUUAACUUAGAGGACUUGUUUGUCUGACUGCAUUUAAAAGUAAAAGUGUUAAAGCUUAUUCUGAAUAUUCACACUGGGAGGAGAAAAGUCUGCAGUCAAAGCUGUGAAUCAUACAAAUGGUUCUAACUUUCAGACCUGUCCUCAAAGGCAUGUAGACGUAUUGAAUCAGUAAUUUUGUUUGAAGUAUACUGAAGCCUUCAGUCCUGUUCCGAGUAAACUGCAGUGCAGUUAGUUGGAGGGAACAAAGUACCGGAACCAAACCAACAACACAAAACAACCCCAAAAUGCAAGGCUUUAUGGGUAUAAGGAGAUGAAUGUAGAGGAUUUAAGGACAACUGAUCUGUAAAAUGGCAGGAUGACAGGUUACCACUAAUAAGCAGAAACUAUUUGACCGGUGUCAACUAAACAAAACCAAUGCAAAAAUCAACUUUACCUAAACUCCUCCCUGAGGUUUGUUUCAGCAAGUAUUCAUGACAUUACGAACACCGACUCCCUGUGCGUCUCUACACAAAUCGAUAUGAGACGAUGCUGGGUGUCAAGGCGCCACCGACCCGGAUUACUCACUGAUUUUUCAGUGUAACCCCUGAUCUAUAGAGCUGCCUAGUUAGCUUUGUGGUAAUCCUAUAUCAAGGUUCCACAAGUGUUUCAUCCUUUCAGUCACCGACAACAAAAUGCUGGUUUCUUACUGACAGUGCAAAAGCAGUGGAUUGCUAAAUCAGAUAUGCAUUAUGAAAUUCAAGUAAAAUUGAAUCAAGAGUACAAGGCCACAGCGUUGUUUUCAUUCAGCCGGCUGCCUGUCUGUGGUCAAAAGUGAUUUUUACUGACGUCUUGAAAGAACAGCAGAGCUUCAAGGGCAAGAUGAAAUUUCUUUUAAAUGCAUUGUGCAGAGUGUGAGCAGAGAGCCACUGAGUCAAACUGGAACAGACAGACAGUCCAACCAGCGCAAUAAGAGCAUAAUCGUGUAAUAGCUGCUGCGAGUCUGUGUUUAUUCAGGAGCUGGAGAGGGUUAUGGAUGUAAAAGUAGAUCUCAUAUGCACCUGAUAAUUCUGAUGAUCUGUGGAUAAUUUCAGCACAGAGGUGGAAAACAUUCACAGUCGCUGAGCACAGCAAUCACACAGUGUGGAAGGCAGAGAGCCUACUUGAUAGGCACCAGCCGUAAUCAACAACAGAAUGAAGUUCAGUGGGUGAAAAUCACUUGUCGUACCACAAUACCACAUGAUUGGGCAGCUCUGUGAUGUGUGUGCAGCUUAUUGUUUACACUACAGAAAAUGAGUUUCCACAAAAACUCGCAUGGCGGCAUUUUCAACUGUAAUGUGGAUGAAAAUGUACCUGCUGUAUGUCAAAAAGGGCAAAAAUCUUCAAAGCGGAAAGUUUACGUCAAAUAUAUAAAAAAAAUACUACUAAUAAAAGCAUGUAUUGUUUACAACAGCCUAUUCUUGCUGAAGUUCAAGUUUGCUGCUGACAGGGCGAACAUGCCCUUGCUAAAGUCACUGCGAUUGUUCAGUCAUGCAAUGCAAGCUUUGCUAAGACGGGCUGAGGUGAGAAGGGCAGAAUUUUUAAUAUACUAGCCGUGUAUGUAUCUUGUUCUGUUGCUGCAUAAGUUUUUGAUUUAUUUAGAUUUUUAUUGUAAGAAGUUCCACUCUAAAUGUAUCAAACAGAAUGUACAUGUUUAACCCCUUCUACUCCACAGUAAAUCCUCUGAGAAUGUGCACCUUAGUGCUCUGUGUUGUUGAUAUAUUGUUCAUUAUGUUCAUUAUGUCAAAUCUCAAGCUCCAAUUGAGCACACACACACACGUCCGUCUGGGAAUAGAGAUGGUUGAACUCGCAGCCCAGGAGCAAACAGGGCUGCCUCACUCAAGUCAUACACUUAGAUGAAACUAAAAUUUUGAUUCCUUCUAGCCUGUUUGAUUAUUUCUGUUUCUCUAAUUUUUAUGUUUUAUGUUAAAGUUUUUUACCCUGAGUCCCUGAAAACUGAAAACUCGUAACCUGAGUGCCCUCACGGACCAGUAGGCUGGGAUGCAUGCCAUGUAUUUGUGAUUUUAUGAGUUCGAUUCUGCAGUAUAACCUUUUCUGCAUGUCCCCCUCCACCACCACCACACCCACCUUUCUUGUAAAUUUCCACCGUGCACUGACUGGUAACACAGAAACGCCAUACGAAUAGUCCUCACGUAGCCUAACGUUCAGGAUUCCUGUCAGGCUUGCAAUUCAGCUAACAGCUUUUUGUCAUUACCUCACGUCACUGUAAGUGAUAGGCCAGGCAUGUUUGUUUUUAGGAGCAUGUCGACUGUCAGUGUGGCUGACUGUUUUUAUGAUCACAUCAUUUAAAGGCACUAAUUACAGUCGGUGGAUAGUUACAAACAAGCCCUAAUGUCCAUUUCUUAUGUUAUUUUACAUUCUAAACCUGUAGUUUUAUUAUUGACAUAGUGUUAUUUGAACGGUUACAUUCCCUCUCGCACUAUGUUGAUAUAUGAUAUCACACCUUCAAUGCUGGGUAAUGAAAUGUUUAAUGCAUCAUAUCAGGCCUCACGUCUCAGUUUUCCGUUAAGUGUUAACAGCCUCUUCAGCCACAUUGAUUUGUGAGGCACAAAUCGGCUGUGAAACCUUGUUGGCAUCUCAAUAUACUCCUUGACACAACAGUGAUCCCUCUCUCUCUCUCUCUCUCUCUCUCUCUCUGAUGAAUAUGUAAUGAAUACAACCAACAUGUGAUUUUGAUUUUGUAAUAUGUCUGCCUUUGUAUGCAAGCUCAAUAUUAUGAAGAAAAAAAAGACAACUCUGCAUGCGUACGUUCUUGGUUUUGUCAUGAGAUGACUUUGCCUAAUGUUUGAUACUGUUUUCUGUAUAAAAAAAAACAAAAUACACGACUGUGGAUGCUCUAAGAUUAUGCUAUAAGUCAGUCUUUCUUCUGGACAACAUUUUGUACCUUUGAACACUAUCGCAUUGCCUGUUUGGCUGCUGUAUUGACUAUCUGGAAGCGUGACUUGAUGUGAAUUAAAAUCUCUCCUUUGUUGUUUUGUUUCCUUUUUAACACU